CCAAGUCGGUCGACCAUUCGACCAAUGGCAGUUGCGCGCGUCUGCUGCGUCACAACGCUGCGUCAGUCGCGCGCCGCUCGCUACACGGAGCGCCCACCGCGUGCGUCUUAUUGAUCGCAACUUGCAAUCGCAAGUAAAAGUAAAACUCUAUCGCAAACGUACAAAAUGUCAUCCUACGCGUUCAAGUCGGAAGACCUCAUCGAAGAAGUACGCAAACGGCCCGGCCUGUGGGACAACUUUCAGUCGAUCGAUCGAAUAGCAAAACUUGUGCUCUGGAAGGAGGUUGGACAGGUUUUGUUUAGGGAUUGGGAUACGAUCAACAAGGCAACGGCAUACGAUCGAGUUCUCCAAAUCCAGAAGAAAUGGCGAUCUCUGAAAGAUGCGUACAACAGGGAAUUACGGUGUCGCAAAAGAGGAAUCAGGGUCAACAGAAGAGUGUACGUUUACUUCAAAAAGCUUACAUUUUUAGGUGGCUUUGAAGAUCUUCCAGAACCCGCCAAGGAACCGUUCGAGGAGAGCGACGAUGACGUAGACAAAAACAGUAUAGAACACGAGGAUAAUGGUCACGACACUCUGGCAGAUGGCCACCACUCUGAGGACCCGCUCCAAAAAGUAGUAAGAAAAGAAAAAAAAGUCAAAAACAAAAAGAAAGCAGUAAAACGUAGGAAGAAAGUUUACAUCGAAGACAAGCAAGAUUCGGAUGAGAUGCCAGUGUAUCUAGAAGACAUCGAGGACGAAGAGAAUGACAGUGAUAAGUUAUUCCUUCUAUCGUUCUACCCGGAGCUGAAGAAACUGCCGCCUAAUAUAAAGAUGUGGGCGAGAGCGCAGAUCGCGAACAUUAUGGAGGAGGCCGUCACUAGCCAUUUUAACAAUAGCACCACAACUAUGCUUCCUGUUAGCGCUGGCUUUGAAGGUCACUCUUCUAGAAUGGAUUUCAAAAGACCGAUGCGAUCCAGCUCCGAAAUUUCUGACGUGAUAAUGUAACUAUGUAGAUUGAAUGUUGUUAAUAAUAAUAGUUAAUGUAAUAA